AUGUUUGGGCCGGACGGCACAGGCACUCUUACAUCACCGUCAAAUCAGUUGUGGGAUGACAAAGAUCUUGAAUUGCAGGCUGAUAUGGAUCGUUUUGAGAAUGGAUCUCUUGAGGAAAAUGUCGAUUCUUUUUUAUCCCAUGAUGAUACUGAACCUAGAGAUACAGCUCCUCGUAUGGAUGUGAGCAAAGGAUUCACAUUUACUGAACUACAUUCUAUUAGAGCAAGUGCAAGCAAAGUAGUCUGUUGCCACUUCUCAUCAGAUGGAAAAAUGCUUGCCAGUGGCGGCCAUGAUAAAAAGGCUGUAUUGUGGUACACGGAUAAUUUAAAGCCAAAAACUACCCUUGAAGAACAUUCAUCUCUGAUUACUGAUGUCCGUUUCAGCCCAAGCAUGCCACGUCUUGCAACAUCAUCAUUUGACAACACUGUCAGGGUUUGGGAUGCUGACAAUCCUAAUUUCUCACUCCGCACUUUUACUGGACAUGAUAACGCUGUAAUGUCACUAGACUUCCACCCAAAUAAAGAUGACCUUAUAUGCUCUUGUGAUGGGGAUGGUGAAAUAAGAUACUGGAGUAUUACCAAUGGUAGCUGUACAAGAAUAUUCAAGGGUGGUAUGGCCCAGCUGAGAUUUCAACCUCGUGUGGGGAGGUAUCUUGCGGCCACUGCAGAGAAUGUUGUGUCUAUACUGGAUGUCGGCAUUCGUUACAGGUUAGGACACACUAAGCCAAUCCAUUCUGUUUGUUGGGAUCCUUCUGGUGACUAUCUAGCAUCUAUCAGUGAGGACUCUGUCAGAGUCUGGACGCUUGGAUCAGGAAGUGAGGGCGAAUGUUCUUUGGAGCUUUGGAACAUGAGUGAGAACAAGACAAUGAUUCUGCCAGCUCAUGAGGGUCUAAUUGCUGCUUUGGCUGUAUCAACUGCUACAGGGUUGGUUGCUUCUGCUAGUCAUGAUAAGUUCGUCAAACUGUGGAAAUGA